AGAGUAACAUCAGUUCCAGUGGAUGUCCUACAUGUAAAUGUUCAGGACUCAAUCAGGGGUAUAUCUCCUUCACAGUCCCAAGUUCAGCUGGCUGACACAGUCACCUAUCAGGGAACAAGGUACUCAAAAGGCAUGAUUGUGGCCUAUGGUUCUACUGCAGGUCUUCCUGAUUUUGCAGUGAUUCUUCAAAUUGCAUUUAUCGGGGAAAGAGUGUAUUUUAUUGUGAGAAGACAGAUAUCCUGGUAUGAUGAACACUAUCGUGGAUAUUAUCUGGAGAAGACCGAACACAUAACUCUUGUUGAGCAACGACACCUUACUGAUUUAUGUCCUCUGUCUGCCUAUAUUGUUGCAGGAAAGCGAAUGGUGACAUUGAAGCGCCACAUCUGUCUCCAGGGUUGAGUAUCAUUGUACCUCUCUCUCUCCAGUGUUGAUUAACAUAGCUCUCUGUCUUUUGUCUUCUUAGACAUGGAGCAAACUGUGAGAUUCUGGGUCCUCAUCGAUCAUGAAGUCAAGAAACUCACUCUUAGCAGUGGCAUACCCUCAACUGUGGAGGAGUUGGUUGCAGCUGUCAAAGAACAUUUUUCCAUCCCCACAGAUAUAAGUCUUCAAUACAAAGAUGAGGAAUUUGAUGACUUCUUCACCCUAACAUCUACCAAUGAGCUGAAAGAUAAAUGCACACUUAAAGUUGUGUAUGCACCGCUGGCAUUGACGUUGACUGUUGUUCCCCAGGAAAGCACCCCUGAUGUCUCUGAUGUCAGCUCUUUAGGUGAGUGUUCGAGUCUCAGUGUGAACUCGGUGGAUACCGACAUUCUGAGUCCCUCACCCUCUGAAAGGCAGAGCCCAUGGCCUGCUGUGUUUCCCAUUCCAACCUUCUCACACAACACUGAACUGGCCCUAAGACAAGGAAAUGAGAUUUAUUUAAGAGAUGGCACCACAAUGACAUCACCAAGUGUCAAAUCAGACAUCCUGGAGCGCCUGGCUGAAGCCAUGUUUUCCUACACAGCUUACCCCAAUGAUGCCCAGAGAUGUGCAGUGGCAGAGACACUAGUUGCAAAGCAUCCCUGCUUAAAGGAGCCCGGAUCUUUCAAUGGAAUUUAUGGGUGGCAGCAAAGCCUAAAGUACAAGUGUGGAAACUACCGGACAAAAUGGAAAGCCCUUGGAAGCACUGAACUCCUGAUAAACUCACUGAGAAACAAGUCAAAUGAUGAGCGAAAAGCUGCUAAAAAUGUCAAGAAACCAAAGAGGGCAGAGGUGAAUUACUUGCCCUCACACCCACAUGCUGAAACAGAUGACACCCUUGAGAAUCUGAGACUUGACUUAAUUGCUGCCCGUCUGACAAAGGACUCUGUCAGAAGCACAAAUGAUAUGAUGGCCAGAACAUACAGCUGGAGAAGACAGGAAGUGGUUGCCCGGUCUCCUGAUGUGGCAGAAUUUAAGGAAAGAUGGCCUGCCCUCUUUGAACCAUUCCAGGUAAACGAGGAGUUCCGAAGAUGUACUGCGGUUCCCCUGGAAGCAACGUUUAUGUCACAGCUGGACAAGCACACCCCAAAGCUCCUAGAGCUCUUUAGUGCCAAGGGAGGAGCAACUGGUCAACACAUCAAAAACUUGAUGAUGGAACUGAUACAGGUGGGUCAAAAGUAG